AUGGCGACAAUGCCGCCAGCCCCGCGAUCCCUACUGGCGCCAUCGCCAGCAUCGGCGUCUGGCUCCUCAACACCCGUGCCCACCGCCUCGCGCAACAACCCCAUCUCGUUGCGCAUCUACAAGGCAAUCGGUACCAACUUUGACGACCGCGCGUCUCGCGAAGCCCUCGAGAUUGCCUCUUCAUUCUACAGCUCCAAGGGUAAAGCCAAGGCAGAUGCAACGUCCUCGGCGGCGAGCGACGGAGACGACAUUGUGCCCGUGAGACGCACGCUGCGUGGACAGAGUGCCGCUACGGCGCGCAAGAACCUCAAGCGCGACGUCGAGGCGCGUCUGGCAGGUGGCAGCCAGCGCUUUCUGGAGGCGUUUGGCGAGGUCGACAGCAAGCUCGACGUGCUUCGCGAACACAUGCUGGAUAUGCAGAGCCGCUGUGACCAGGUGCAGGCCGAGCUCGACCAGGCCAACAGCGGAACAAAGUAUCUGCUCGAGCGCGCGGACGGACUACGCUCGCAGCGCUCGUCGGCCCAGCUCCGAACAUCACUCGUGUCGUUCUUUCUCCACCGCUUCACUCUCUCGGCGGCAGAAGAAGCUGCCCUGAAUGCCAGUGCCCUCGACCUCAACCAGAACCUCUUUGACGCGCUGGAUCGGGUCGAGGCGAUUCGCCACGACUGCCGCGCGCUCCUCGGCGGAGACGACGAGAUGAGCAUGCAGGCAGGUCUCGACAUUAUGGCUGCCACUGGUGUUCAGCUGGAAGCUGGCUACGCCAAGAUCCACCGUUGGCUCGAGUUCCAGUUCCGCCAAAUGACGCGCGAGGCCCAGCUCGAGGUGUCGUCUGUGAUGCGCGAGGCAGUCAAGCGCCUGGGGAAGCGUCCGGCGCUGUUGAAGGACGCUUUGCAGGUCCUCACGACCACUCGCCAAGGUGCUAUCCUUACGGCCUUUCUCGACGCACUCACCCGUGGUGGACCCAACGGUCUUCCCCGCCCAAUCGAAAUCCACGCUCACGACCCGACGCGUUAUGUCGGCGACAUGCUGGCGUGGGUCCACCAGGCCACUGCAAGCGAGCACGAGCUGCUGGAGUCGCUGUUUGGAGUGGGCCGCAACAGAGUGCGCAUGGUCGGCGAGGAGCGCAGCGCGGAGCGGUCCGAGGCAGAGCAGAUGGUGUCCGACGCUCUGGACAAGAACCUCGAUGGGCUGGGACGCCCGCUCAAGCUGCGUAUCGAGCAGACUAUCAAGUCGCAAGAAGGUAUCAUUAUGACGUACCGCAUUGUCAACCUCGUCCAGUUCUACCUCGUCACCAUGCGCAAGACUAUCGGUCCCGGUGCCGUGCUGUCACAGGCGCUCCAGGAACUGUACGACUAUGCCGACGCGGCUUUCUUUGGGACCCUCCAAGCGCAGGGCCGCUCGCUGCUCCGUUUCCUGCAUCCCCCAGACGCAAACCUGUCGCCUCCACUUGCACUGCGCGACUCGUGCCAGGUCCUGCGCGAGAUCAUUGCCGUGUACGACACGUCUCUCGUGGACCCGCAUGAGCGCGAGACGGACUUUGCAAAGCUCCUGGACGCGGCGGUCGACCCCGCUGUGGAAAUGUGCGAGCGCAUGGCCGACCUGCGCAAGCAGUCCACAGUGACGGGUGCUUGGGACAAGGACGUCUUCCUCGUCAACUGUCUCGAGUACCUGCAACACACGCUCGAGGCGUACGCUUUCACUGCCCCGCGCGUCACGCUCUUGCAAGAGCAAGUGGCACAGCACGUCGAGAGCAUGACGUUUGAGCACCACGGCAAACUCCUGGAGCAGUGUGGCCUGGGUCCCGUCCUCAAGGCCAUGCGCACAAGACCAGCAGAGACGCCUCUCUCGCGCCUUCCUGGUGCGACGCCCAAGGAACUCACUUCAGCUCUCACGCAGUUUUCGUCGUUCCUCACUUCGCACGACCCACUCACAUCCCCACGCCUUGCGCUACUCGCCAACCCCCGCUUGGCCGAAGGUAUCCACCGCACGGCACUGCGCCGCAUUUCCGAGGCCUAUGCCGAGAUUGCAGACCAUGUAUUGGACAAGAAGGAGGGAUACGAGUUUGCCGAGACGCUCCUCCGCCGUGGCCGCGACGAGGUCGAGGUCGCACUUGGCGUGGCGGAUGCGUAG